AUUUCGUUUAUUGUGUUAAACAUAACUCUCUCAUAAUAUUCUACAUUGAUAACAACGAUUAAAGGAGCUCUAUUUUAUUAAAUAUCAAGAGUAUUUUAUGGCAAAUACAAAAUGAUAGCCAGACCUUGGACGGAAGAUUUGCCGAAGUGUCAGAACACUUGCGUUGCGUCGUAUUUCUCUCAGAUAAGUGGAAAUGUUAACUCCACUGACGAUUACCUCUGCUUCUACUGCCAAACUGAAGACGGAUCAUGUCUUUAUGGAGUAUUUGAACCGCACAAUGGCUUGGAUGCAGCAAGAUUUAUCAUGCAACGUAUGGCAGUGGAAAUGUUGUUACCACCACCAUCUAUUAGUAAUUCAGAUGAAGAGAUACGGGAUAGACUGAGGAAUGCAUUUGUGUCUGUUGAAAAGGCUUACAUAGAGAACUAUGAUGGUAUGAUAGCUGAACGAACCUGCUUGCAAUACAGACUACAAACAUUGAACGAAACACAGAUAUCACAAAACUGUGAUAAUAUUCUGUCCCGUUUAAAAGAGAUAGAUCAACAUCUGUCAGGUGGCGCUACUGUAGUUAUAGCACUAGUACACAAUAACAAGUUAUUUGUGGCCAAUGUGGGAGAGACGAGGGCGCUACUGUGUCGCACUGAUGAUAAUUCUGUUUUGAGAGUUGUGCAACUGACUGUUGAUCAUAGUCUGAAUAAUGAAGAUGAAUUGCUACGGCUCUCGCAGUUGGGGCUGGAUGUUAAUAAGUUGAGGAAUGCUCAAUAUUUAGGUAAUCAAUCAGGUACACGUUGCCUGGGCAACUACCUAGUGAAGGGUCUGUACAAAGCCUUCCCCAACAUCGGCACAGCGGCCUCAGAGCCAGUGGUGGCUGCUCCGGAGAUACAUGGACCUAUAGCACUUGAUGAAUCUUGCAGAUUCUUAGUUCUAGUCAGUGCUGGAGUUUAUAAACGUAUACAAGAAGUUCGAGGUUGCAGUGAACAGACAAACAAACAGCUGGCACAAAUAAUAGUAGAGAAUUUCAGAAAACAAACGGAUUUCACCAAAGUCAGUCACUCAGUACUCGGAGAGAUUGAAGAUGAAUUCCUGACUUAUUGUAAUAAAAAUAACCUAACACCGAAAGCGAACACUCAUGUUACUUUGAUAAUAAGAAAUUUCAAUUUUCUACCACCUGUACCACAAAACGAUACCAUAAACUUGAGAAAUCCCGUCCAUAAACAAAACGAACGAUCAUCUGUAAGAUUCAAUCCGAUCGUACAAUCGAAAUCGAAUACACUUUUAAAUGAAAUCGAUUCGGAAAUCGAUACAUCGGGUACUAUCGAUAUAGGUACGAAUGAUAGUAAUAUCGAUACGAAUCAAUCGAAUGAUUCGGAUAUAUCGAGUUGUAGACCGUAUGAUAGGGACAGAAAGAUAAAAGGUUAUGUCGAUUUUACCUGUUAUUAUGAAAAUGUAGCUAAAGCUAGAAAAAAUGGUACAUUACCUGGUUUUAUAAAAUGA